CAAAAAUGAUUCAAGCUGUACUUUUGCUGGCAUCGGUACUUGGAGCUUCUGUAUAUUAUUGGCAGCACAAUAAGGAAUGGUCAUAUGUGCAAACAUUAGAUGAUAUCGAUAGAGGAGAUGUUAUUCUACCCAAUUACAACGCACACCCAAUUCUCUACAAUGAAUGCACUUGGCCAAUACUGGAUCCAUACGAGCCGGAUAUUCUGAAGUAUAUCAAAAAACGAAACCGCCGACUUGCAUGUCGCUCGUCUCCAGACGUGGAAGUGGAAUGGCUGGAUUCAAAGAUUCAAAUCACAUUGAAGUCGGCUAAUGUGAUGAGUUGCGUCGCGUCGGAUUUGAGCGGUUUCUCCGCUAACGAAGAUGUCUUUGUCUCGCCAGCGAUAAAACUUGAAGCCGAUUUUCCAUUGGAGAUUCCAUACACUAACUUUGCAGUGGAAUGCGAGCAGAAUGGGAAGAGAAUUUAUAGAAAAUCGUUCUAUAACUAUAAAAAGGAUCAAGCAGAGAAACCAGUAGAAGCAAUGGAAUCUACUCCUACAAGCCCAUCAAUCGCUGUUCUCUACUUGAGAUCCAUGUCUCAUUCUCAACUCCAACGUGAAUUUCCGAAAACUGUGAAGGCUUCUCGAAAAUUUGGAUUUUACGACUUUGCAAUGUUCAAUAAGAUUUCUGAUAAUAUUACUGAUAUUGUCAACGGAACUUUUUGGCAUAAAGACGUGCGACACACUGUUGGAGAGUAUAUGAAAAAUGAAAGAUUCUGUAAGGUAUUCAGUAACACAAAUCUUUCUGGAGUUCCAUCAGAUUAUGAUAUCUCAAAUUGGGCUCACAGUUUGAAAUCUGACUCAUGUUCUGAUGAUGACAGUGUAUCUGAGCGUCUAAUUGAACAAUGGGCCCAGUUUUCAAUCCACAACACAGAUCAUUGCUAUCUUUCCCACAUAUUCGUAAACAACACAAUCUGGUCGAAAUCGCUGGACGACACAUUGAGCUCGGUAAUGAAUCAAUUUCAACUGAAUGAAGUUUUCAAGAAUACCUUGGUGGUUGUAGUUUCUGCUGAAGGAAUUCCUGUCGGAACAUUCGGGAACAGUUACACUGGAAAAGUUGAAGAAAGAAAUCCAAUUCUUCUGGCGCAUAUUCCGGACAAAGUCAAGAAACUUUAUUCUGAUCAUGUUUUCCACUUGGAGAGCAAUCAAAACAGACUAAUCACACAUUUGGAAGUAUUUGAUCUUCUCACAAGCUUCUCUAGACUAUCCAAAAACCAAGUGAUAGUUCCAGUUCUUGAUGACUUUAUGGAUUGGAAGAGAAAACAUGUACGUGGAAUUUCACCUUGGCAAACAUUAAUUCCACGCAACCGAACAUGCUACCACGUUCCGAUUGCCGAUGAGUUCUGUCUUUGUAUGGAUAGAAAGAUGGAUAUUGAGAGGGAAUACAAUCAAACAUUUGCCAUUGCACAACGAUUAUAUGACAAAAUGGAGUCAGAUAUUCUAUCAAACUAUAGUUGUAUGCACGAGACAACUUGGAUUGAGGAGAGAAAUUACACAUCCGUCUAUAACUUGAAUGAAAAAGUAUUAAAUGGAACUGAAGAAUAUAUUGAGUUCUUGAUAUUUGGAGUCAGGGCAUUCCCGAAAAAAAUUAAUAGAUUAGGAAAUUUCUUCGUGAACGUACUAGGCAUGUUCAAGCAUAAUUUCAAUGAUGAUUACAAUUUCGAAAGAGCUUAUCCAUACGUGUCAGAUACUCUUAAGAGUGGAUGUUUAGCGGGAUACUUAGAAAAAUUCUGCGAAAUGUGCCACGGAGCUCGAUUUUUGACGUCAUAGCUUGUUCAUGGUCAAGCCCACUAUUGUAUAGGAUCUGGAGUACAAUCAAUGGAAAGCUUUAAUUUAUGAAUUUUUGUAUGUAUAUAAUCGAAACCCUAAUUCAUUUGACGUGGAUUUAAAAAAUCCGCAUAACGGGCUUACUAUUAGACUUUUCAUCAUCAUUUUUUAAAGGUUUUUUGCUAUUUCUUUUUGAAUAAAUAAUAAACAAUU